GCGCAUGGUUAUACAUCCUACACAAAAGGUGGCAGGGUCUGCGGCAUUUAAUUGAGGGAUUUGAACCCUCGACCUUAGCCUCGGCAAGGCUUUCACAGGGAGCGAACGCUGAACGUGCAUACUCCAGCCGGGGAAGAGGAUUCCGAGGCAGGAUGGGAAGCUGGGACCGCAAUGGAAAAACCUUGCGGCCGGUUCUGCAGGUGGGAGACUCUGACAUUGUAAAGAAUGGCAGGUCGUUCACGCGUUCCGUCGACGGGCACCCGCAUUGGCCGUGGGUUCUAUUUGCAGCCGGCAAGAAUUUGGUUCAAGUCUGGAACUACGAAGAUGGGACCAGGUUAGCCUCAUGGCUGGUCCCCGAUUGCUCCCAGAUUCCCACAGUGAAAUUUAUUCCCCAGGAGGGCUGGAUUCUGGUGCAGAGGGACAACAAGGGCUUUGAAGUGUUCGAGUUCAGAGGCUGGAAGCUCCGGCUUGUCAAGAGCAUAGACGGAGGCGGGUACGUCAGUUCGGAGCAGGUGGCCGUGCAUCCCGCGUUAUCUUACCUCUUAACCGUCUGCAACAAAAAGCGUGUUGUUGUUUGGGACUGGGGCCGGGAAUGGAAGGCCACCGACUUCGAGCAUCAUUCGGAAACCGUAGGUGUUGUGGCGUUCCGUAACGAUCCGUUAGAAUGGUACACGUUUGCAUCGGCGUCAGCGGAUGGCAGGAUCAAGGUGUGCGAUUUUCGGUGGAACGAUGUUAAGCAAACCAUUGAGCACACUUGCAUUCCCAGCGUUUGUAGGAUGAGUUUCUGCGAUUAUUCGCAGAGGUCGCUGCUGAUCACCGGCGACGACAAGUGCUGUGUGCGAAUCUGGGACUACAAGGCAGGCGUGUGCGUCGCGGAACUGACAGGGCACAAACGCUGGGUGACGUCAGCCUUUUCCCAUCCGUAUGCGCCGUACAUCUUCAGCGCGUGUUGGGAUGGCCAGAUCAUGGUCUGGAGCAAAUCGAACUACCGGCGAGUAUUAUCGUAUUCGAGCGAGCUAGAGGGUGUCAUCAGCAUGGCCCCGUGCAGGGAUUCCCAGCGGGUUGUCGUCGGGGGUCGAGGCGGGUUCAUGGUGCUGGAGCUGGGCGAGGAGGCAAGGGCGGCGCCUGUCGGUGAUCGAGAAGACGAAGCGGUGGUGCUGCUGCGGAAGAAGAUUGCAAAAAUGGAGAAGAGAGCAGUCGAUUCCCAGUUGCAGUUUGAGAAACGGAUAGAGCAAGCGGUCUCGAAUGUGAAGCGGGAACGCGAGAAAGCGCUCGCCGAGGUGAGAGCGGCUUACGAGGAAAGGGAGGAGGUUCAGACAGAGAAAGUCGGACAGCUUGAGGAUGAUGUUGAAAGGCUGACGUCAGAGAAAGGAGAAGCGGUGGAUAGACUCUUGGUCGCUGCGCUCGAGGUUCGGGAACUGAAGUUAUCGGUGCAACGAGAGGUCGAUGAGCGUCAGGCGGCAGACGAAUGCCGCGCACAUGUGGCCGAGGCGCUGGAAGAGGUGGCGUCCGAGAAGCGACAACUCGCAGAGGAAUUGGAAAGAUCGAGGCAGAGGAACGAGAAACUGGAGGAUGCAUUAGAAGCGGCCACUGCGCGACAGGCGCUACGGGCAGAAGAGAGCGAGAAAGCUCUCGACGAAUUGCGAGCAGCGUGUCAAGAAAGGGAGGGAGCUGGAGCGGAGAAGAUCAGCCAGCUCGACGCGGAGGUAAGUAGGCUGGCGUCGGAGAAGGGUGAAGCAGUGGAGAGGUUUUUGGAGGCGGAACUCCAGGUCGGGGAGCUGAAACUAUCCUUGCAACGAGAAGUCGAGCAGCGGCAAGCCUCCGAUGAGUCUUGCACACGGCAAGCAGAGACACUCCGACAGGUGGAGGCUGAGAAGGCAGCAGCGCAAGUUGCGGAAGUCGAGCUCCGGGUUAAGGAGCUUGAAUCGUCGUUAAAGAAAGAAGUCGAGGAGCGCCAAGCCUCCGAGAAAUCUCAUGCACAGAUAUCUGAGGCGCUGCACGAGCUGGAGUUGGAGCGGAUGGAACUAGUAGCCGAGAAAUUGGAGAAGGUCAAGCAGAGGACUCAGACGAGUGAGCAAUUGGAGCAGGCAUUAGAGGAGGUGAUGACAGUGCAGCGAAUGCAGCGAAUGCAGCGAAUGCUACAGGAAGCGGUAGAGCUGCUUGCAGAACGUAGACUUGUCGACUGGGUGCGAGAAGUGAAAUCAUCAUCGGAGAAAGAGGUCGACAAGUGCCGAGCCUUGCACGAAUCGCUUGCCGAGCUAAGAGACGCGCUCCGACAGGUGGCGUUAGAGAGGGAUGAACUUGCAGACAAAUUUCAAAAAGCCAAGAAGAGGAGCGAGCGAUUGGAGCGUGCAUUAGGAGAGGCUCAGCUCACUUCGCAACAAGUGCUGCUACAGGAGUCGGGUGCUUCGAUCCGUGAAGGUGCGGCGUUUAGAAAAGGUCGAUUGUUCCGAGAGUACUCGUGGAAAGAGCUGCAGGAUGCAACAGAGAACUUCGGCGACUGCUGGAAGUGUAGCGAUGAAGAAGAUCCUUAUGGAUGUUCUUACCUGGCCAAAGUCUACAAUCAGAUUACAGUGAAUAGGUUCAGAGCAUCUGACCUUGUGACGAAUCCGCCGCCGAUGGACAGCGGUGGCAGCGGCAGCAGCAGCAGCAGCAGCUUUAAAACGAAAGUGGUGGAUCGGUUGAGGUUUCUUGAGCACCCGCACCUGGUCAAGUUCUUGGGAGUUUGCUAUCAUGAUGACAAUCCUAACGCGGAAGAGCGCUGUCUGGUGUACGAGCACAUGUCGAACGGGAGCGUGAAGCAGUGGAUAGCGUCUUGCGGAGACAGGUCGGCAGGGAGGCGAUUCCUCCCGUGGCACAUUCGUUUGCGUGUUCUAGCGCAGGUUGCGCAGGCCUUGCACUUCCUCCACUCCUGUCGAUCGGGGUCAUGUGGCGGUCCCCUCAUUCACCGUGCAAUAAGGCCAGCCAACAUCCUGCUUGAUGAGAGGCUUGGGGCUAAGGUUCGCGGCGUCGAUGGGGCACUGCUUGGAGAAGAUACCGCGGGUAAUUUCACGCGUGCGUUCCUUGCCAGCAAUUCUCAGUACAUCGCGCCGGAAUACUGGCGAUCUGGGUUCUUGGACGAGAAGACCGAUAGGCAUCACGAUUCUGGAGAUGCUAACUGGGAAAUUCUCAAAUGCCCUGCGAGCUUGUCGUCGUCGAUGGUGCAAGUGACGGGCCAUCGUUCCAAGGUUCUGUUCUUUGCCAUCUCCCGUCAUCCGGCUCUCCAGGCAAGGUGUGCGUGUGUCGUCGGCAGACACAGACAUCGGCAGACGGGAGGUGAAGCGUGCGAAGGUGAUGACGAUGGUGAUGAUGAGGGAGAUGGAGUGAACAUUGCUGUGCAGACUAUAGACAAUGCUCGUGGAGACGUAGACAGCACACAAUAUUCCAACCAAGGGCAGACCUUGGUCGGACGGGAGGGUGGUCGUCCUCAUGACAAGCGCAAGGGCAAAGACAAUGCUGCGACAAACAAAAAACAAAACGUCCCUUGGACGUUGGAGGAGAGGACCACCCUGGCGAAGUUGAUGGAGGAGGGCGACGCCGUCAUGGCUGACGCGGAGGGUCAACAUCAGUUCAUGAAGAUGAAGGAGCGGUACGCCUGGGUGCACGACCGAAUGAAAGACAACGGAUUCCGGCACAGGACAGCGGAAGAUUGUCGGAAGAAAUGGACGAACAUGCUGAGCAAGGUGAAGCUAAUCCUGGACAGGUGGGAGAAUGUAACUGGCAUGCCUUCGUACUUCGACUUGCCCGUGGAGAAGCGGAAGGAGUUGGAGGUGCCUCUAGCCUUUGAGAGACCGCUUUGGGAGGCGAUGCAAUGGAAGUUGAAUAGACCGUCCAUUUCCUGUGACAAGACAUUGGUGUCCGAGGAUCUGACCGACGGAGGUGGGGAGACAGCUCAAAAUGACGGUCCCUGGAAUCGUGGUUCGGGGAGAAGUGGUUCGGACGGUAGAACGACGGACGAUUCCGACGGUCCAUCGAAGAGACAAAGAUCCAACAGCGGAAAGGCAAGAGUGGAGGACACGAGUUGCGGGGGGUCGUCGUUGGGGAGGGUGAUGGAGGAUUCUACAAGGGCGUAUCGCGACGGUCUUGACAAGGUCGCCUCCACUCUCGCGAAGGCGACAUCGGAAGUCGGCACAACGAUCACAAGGAAAAUAGGUGACGUCGCAGACGCCAUGAGGGGGGGGAACACUGUGCUUGAGAUGCUUGUCGGGGUUCUCGCCAGACGGGGGGGUGGGGGAAGGUACGGUGCUGACGAGGGGAGGAAUGCAGACCCGUCCUCGCGUUGAUGUAUAUAUAUAUAUAUAUAUAUAUAUAUAUAUAUACAGCUAGUUUGUUGUCCUCUUCUCUCUCUCUGCCUACGGUUUACCGGGCAGUGUUGUUUGUGACGAUAUAUAUACAUAUAUACACCUCCUGAUGAGUCGGUGAAACUCCGACGAAACAGUUUGCCACAGCCCCUCGUUUGUUGUCCUCUUCUCUCUCUCUGCCUACGGUUUACCGGGCAG